AAGACAGUGGAGAAUGUGGAGGAAAAGAAGAUAAUAAUGCCCAAGAAGAAAGUUAAAGAAUUAAGAAUAUUGGAUGGGAAGACUGCGCAGAAUUUGUCUAUUUUCCUGGGAUCUUUCCGCAUGCCUUACGAAGAAAUAAAACACAUUAUAUUAGAAGUAGAUGAAGCAAAACUGAGUGAAGCAUUAAUUCAGAACUUGGUUAAGAAUCUCCCUGAACAAAAAGAACUUAAUGCCUUAGCUGAACUGAAGAAUGAAUAUGAUGAUCUCUGUGAGUCAGAGCAGUUUGGAGUUGUGAUGAGCUCAGUGAAACUGCUGCAGCCUCGUCUCAACGGGAUCCUUUUCAAGCUCACGUUUGAAGAGCACAUCAACAACAUCAAGCCCGGCAUCAUGGCUGUCACGAUCGCGUGUGAGGAGCUGAAGAAGAGUGAAAGCUUCACUAAGCUUUUAGAACUGGUGCUGAUGAUUGGGAACUACAUGAAUUCCGGCUCAAGAAAUGCCCAAUCGCUGGGUUUUAAUAUCAGUUUCCUUUGCAAGAUUAGAGACACAAAAUCAUCUGAUCAAAAAACAACCCUGUUGCAUUUCCUGGCUGAUAUUUGUGAAGAGAAAUAUCAAGACAUCUUAAAAUUCCCUGAUGAACUUGAACAUGUAGAAAGUGCCAGCAAAGUUUCAGCUCAAAGUCUUAAAAGCAAUCUUGAUUCCAUGGGACACCAGAUACAGCGUUUGGAAAAUGACAUCAAGAAAUUCCCCAAAAUAGAAGAUCCUUAUGAUAAAUUCGUUGAAAAAAUGAUCAGUUUUGCCAAGAGUGCCAAAGAACAAUACGAAAAGUUAUCAAACAUGCAUAACAACAUGAUAAAGCUGUAUGAUAAUUUGGGAGACUAUUAUACUUUUGAUUCCAAAUCUGUCACUGUUGAGGAAUUCUUUGGAGACCUUAGUACAUUCCGCACAUUAUUUUUGGAAGCGUUGAAGGAGAACCAUAAAAGGAGAGAAAUGGAGGAAAAGACCAAGAGAGCCAAACUUGCCAAAGAGAAAGCAGAACGCGAAAAAUUGGAGCGGCAGAAGAAGAAAAAGCAGCUGAUUGACAUGAAUAAAGAAGGGGACGAGACAGGAGUGAUGGAUAAUCUGUUGGAAGCACUGCAGUCUGGGGAAGCGUUCAGGGAUCGCAGAAAACGGAUGCCAAGGCCUCAAGGUAGGAUAAACAAUUGAAUUUGGGGCAGGGGCAUGAAAAUAUAGCUGUUGUUUGAAAGCAUAGGAGUGGGACACGGUUCUUGUGGGGAAGCCCUUUCUGAGUUUCAAUGGAAGUAUCUUUUGGUUUAGAA